AUGCCCGGCACGAUGGUAGACGGAUGGGUCGCGGGUAGUGGCUGGAAACAGGUAUCCACCUGUUUCCAGGAUCGAGACAGGGUACGACCAAUCGCUGUAGUUUUACAGCCAGCUGCCCGUCUGACGCUUACCUUCUCUGGAAGUCAUCUGCUAAUGGGAAAAGAAGCAAUUGAAGUACAAAUGCCUUCAAACUCAGUGUUUAGGAAACAAAUCUGGGAAUACAUACUCUAA